AUGGAUACAAAAAAUAAAACCAGUGGUGCAUUUAAGCGAAAACAGAGAAAACAAAGAGAAGAAAUGAAACAAAAGUUGCCGAAAAUGGAUAAAUUUUUAACUAAAACUAAAUGUGAUAUAAGUACUGUUAGUACUGAAACGGAAAAUGUUGACUCAUCAGUAUCGAAUGAAAAAUUGACAACACCCACGAUAAAAGAACCUUUGGUCUCCGAAUUAUUUAAAAUGUCCAAUGACUUAGGUAAUUUUAUACACAAAAAAUUAAAUGAUACUGAAAAACGACUUAUUUUUGAUAUGGGACCAUUAAAACCUUCAGGACCAUUUCCAAAAGACCCUCAUCAGGGCAACAGGAGUUUUUCUGAAUCAUAUUAUAUUUUUCAAACUAAAUAUGGACCAGUUAACCGUUUUUGGCUAUGUUAUUCCCCAUUGCUAGAUGCAACCUAUUGUCAACCGUGUUGGUUGUUUUCUUUGCAAAGAAGUACUUGGUGUACGGGUCUUCGAGACUGGAAGCACUUAUCAGAAAGAAUUAAGGAACAUGGUUUUUCGAAAAACCAUAUUGAGGCAUGUGCUGUAUACGAAAUGUGGCAAAAAAAUAUAAAUAUUGACAAAGAUCUUGAAAAUCAAAUUCGUAAAGAAGCAUCAUUUUGGAGAAUGGUUCUUCAAAGGUUAUUUGAUAUUAUAAUUACUCUUGCAACUAAUUCUUUGGCAUUAAGAGGACAUCGGGAGGAUUUAAGUCUAGAAGGAUAUCACGGCAAUUUUUUAUCAGUUGUACAACUUGUCUCCAGAUAUGAUCAAGUCCUAAAUCAAGUUUUGGAAAUGCCAAAAGGAUCAACGAGAUAUCUCAGUCCAACCGUUCAAAAUGAAAUGAUUGAGUGUAUAGGUAAUACACUUGAAGGCCAUUUGUUGGAAAACAUUCGAGCAUCGCCAUUUUUCGCUAUUAUUAUGAAUACCACGCAAGAUAUAGCAAAAGUAGAUCAGCUGAGCAUUGUUGUAAGGUACGCAGCAAUAUCCAGGUCUGAAAAUGGGCAGCCAGUUGAUAUAAAAGUAAAAGAAGUGUUUCUUGGUUUUUAUGCUGUCACUAAGCAUAGUGCUGUAGAUUUAGUUAAACAGGUGAUUACAUUAUUUUCCCAUAAAAAUCUUGAUUUAAAAAAGUGUGUAGGCCAAGGUUAUGAUGGGGCAAGUGUAAUGAGUGGUAGGUAUAAUAGCGUACAAAAGCAUAUUAAGGAUAUUCAACCAAACGCUGAGUAUGUACAUUGUGCCAGUCAUAAUUUAAAUUUAGUAAUAAACGAUGCUGUUCGCGGUUGUAUGGAAAUACAGCAUUUUUUCGUUACUUUACAAGAGCUGUAUAACUUUUUGGGAAACAGUAUUAAGCGCUGGGAUCUGUUAUCAAAAUUUACAAGCGAAUCUGAAGUCACUUUGAAAAAAUUAAAUCCGACAAGAUGGUCUAGUAGGAUAAAUACAAUAACUGCAGUUAAACUCCGGUUUUUUGAUAUUAUUAAAUGUCUAUCUGAAAUAGCUCUUAACUCAAAAAAUGUUGACGAACGCAAUGAAGCAGAUAAUAUUAAAAAAAAAUUGUUUAAAUUUGAAUUUGUGUUGCUUUGUGAAUUCAUGUACCAUGUUUUAAACAACAUAAAUUAUGCAUCCAAAAUUUUACAAAAAGUUGAUAUUGAUUUGGAUCAAGCAACUUCUGAUCACCGAUUUGGUAACAGAAAAGAGAUAUUUAAAAUAACCAUUUUUAAUAAUAUAUUGGACAUAAUUAUCACUCAAUUAAAUACACGUUUUAUUGGUAUGAGUAAAGUCAACAAAAUAUUUGAUUUUUUAACUCCAAAAGUAUUACGUAGUAUUGACGAAAGAACUCUGUUGCAAAAAUGUGAUCAGUUUCAAAGCAAGUAUUCAGAUGUAAUAGGACCAAAUUUUUCGCUCCAGUUUCUCAAUGUUUACCAUCGAACUUUUCCUGAAUUAACUGAGACGUGUAAUGUUUACCAGUUAUGCAAGGAUAUAAUAACCAAAUUCGGAGUGAUGGAAUGUGAUAUAACAGAAGUGUUCAUGGCAAUUUUACUAUUUUAUACCAUUCCUGUAACUUCAGCAGGAGCUGAAAGAUCCUUCAGCAAACUAAAAAUAAUUAAAAAUUAUCUUAGAAAUAGUACCGGACAAGAUCGACUCAAAUAUUUAUCAUUGAUUGCAGUUGAAAACAAAGCAGCUUCAAAAUUGGAUUUAAGUGAAGUGAUAGAUCAAUUUGCUAAUAUUAAAGCUCGCACAGCUAUACAAAUGGAAAAUGGCACUAUUAUAGCUAAAAAAUCUCACACUCAUGAAGCUCAUGGUCCAAUGUUUAAUGAGCAAGAAGUUAUUAAACGUUUUAGGAGCACUUUGAUUGAAAGAUCAAAGACAGAGACUACGCCUCUAAAAGUUAUAUAUGAUGAAGAAAUAGUUAGGUAUGGGUGA